AUGGAUGAAAAGAUAGACUUAAAGUCCAAGUAUGAAAGGUUAAGGAAAAAAUUUGCCCAGCUAAAACAGCAAACGGUGGUUCUGAAAGAGUCACUGGAAACUAAAGAAAAUGAAUUUAAGCAUUUAAAAAGCGGUUUUGAAGAAUUGGAAAUUAAACACAAAGAAUGUGUUUCAAGCCUUGAUGCCUCACAAUAUAGAGAAACACAAUUAAAAAGAGAGAUAGAGGAAAUAUUGUGCCAAUUAGAACAGUCUAAAUCUCAUGGAAACAUAAAAAAUGACCAAACAGCCAACCAAAAUGGUAAAAUGGUACAAGGGAUUUUAACAGGACUACUUCCAAUGAAUGGGGUAAUAAUGAACUUCCAAAAGAAUGAAAAGUUGGAGGAAAAAGUUGCAGUUCUUCAAGAAGAACUAGACCUAAAAAUUUUAGAAAAUGAAAAACUACACAUUAAAGAAUUUGAUUUGAAAAGACAACACGAAAAAGCAAUCGAAGAACAUCUUGUUAAUAAUGCAAAAUUGAAUAAUGAAAUAGAGAAUUUGCAUUCAGAAAUUAAUGAAUUAAAACUAAAGAGGAAAAACGAAGAUGAUAUUUUAGAUGAAUUAAAUCGACUUAAAGAAAAAGAUAGGAUUAAUAAUAAAAAGAUUGCAGAAUUAUUGGAAAAUAUUAAUCUUAAUGGUAAUAAUUUAAGUAACAAGCUAAAUAAAAUAAGAAAGUUGGUUCCUCCGGUUAAUCUUUUGCAACUAGAAGAGGAUUAUUUAUCUUGGGUGAAUACUUGCAGGCAGAAAGGUUGUUUUGUUUUUUUAAAAUUAGAAUCUCUAAUUUAUGAAUUCCUCAAAAGGGUAGUAUUAUUUGUUGAAAACUGGAGUGAAUGCGUUGGUUAUUACAUAAAUAAGUUUUCUUUUCAAGAUAAUAUUAUUGAAGGUGUUUAUAAAAAAAUACUGAUUCUUCUUAAAGAAGUUGAUAGAAGUCUGAUCGAUUCUUCUGGCGUAGUUUUUCAAAACGAAUUCAUUUUAGAACAGAAUUUUACUCAAUCAACAUUGAAUUACAGCAUGAAUGACCAAAAUAAAUUAAAUAACGCGGAAAUUAAGAAUGUAUUGGUUGAAAAGUCAAAAAAUGCAAUGGAUUCAAUUCAAAACGCACUUAAUUUACAAAUUGUUGCAUUUAAAAUGGAAUUUAAUAAAUUAUCAGCUGAAUUUCAAAGUGAAAAUAAAAAAGCUUUAUCGGGAUUGUUCACUGUUAUAAAAAAUAUUAAAAAGUAUUUAUCAGAAGUAAAUUGCCUUUUUAACUUUUCUUUAAACCUUGGAAAAGAACCCGAUUUAUUGUAUACCCACACUUUAUGGACAAAUUCAUUUCAUGUCGCAUUUUUGGAAUUAAGAAGGGAUAUGAAGGAUCACUUAACUAAAUUUUGUGCUGAAAUUGAAGAAAAGAAACAAUUUUUUGAUUUUGUGAAAAGAAUAUUGGUCGAAGACAUUAAUUUUCAAGAUGAAAAUAUCUCUUUGAGUAAAUCGUUUAUUAGUUCUCACAAAAAAUUAAUUGAACUAGAAGCAAUGAGAAAAAGUUUAUACAUCAAGAUGAAUUUGAAGAUUAAAAGUAAUAUUGAAUUAAUUUCAGCUGAAUUGAAAGAUGCCAACAAGAUUUUUGAAUCGUUUUUUUUCUCAAAAAAUUCCACUCUUCCAUUUUUCAAUGAAGCAUCGAGUGAUAUUAAGAAUGAUUUCUGUAGCUCUGUAUUGGAACUAUCUAGGUUUCUUGAUGAAAAAAAAGAUUACUUUGAAAAAUUGGUUUCUUCAUUAUACCAGCAUCCUUCAAUAAUUUGUCAGAGCGUCAAUAAUUUCAAUGAACUCCAAAUUACUAUGAGGGAAACAAAAAGCAAGCUAGAAACUGCUCCUCCAAAGAUUACUCUUCCAGAAUUGCAUAUUCUAAAUAAAAGAAUAGAGCAGCUUGAAGAAACUAAAAACGAACAACUUAAAACUAUAAAUAGUUUGAUGAGUCAACUUAAUUCUGUAAAUCAGUCUUCAAAUUUGGAUAAUCAUAAAUCAGAUUUGAAUGAUGAUUUGCCAUCUAUGGAAGCAAUUCCUGAUUGUUCAAGUUCAGAACCUUGUAAGUUAUUAGAAUUGAGGAAAACAAAAAGCGGAAAUCAAACCCAGAAAUAUAUUCACGAAGUUUUUGAAUCUCAGCUAAGAGAGGCGAAUGAAACACUCGAAAAUACUGUAACUAGGUUACAACUUAGAAUCAAUGAUCUAAACGAUGAUAUUGAAGUAACUAGGCAGUCUUACGACGAACAAAUAUCCUUAUUAAGCCAACAUAUCUGUUCGUUAUCCGAGAAGCUUGCAUUCACAGAUGCAUCCACGUUAUCAUCUUUUAAUCAAGAAAUACUUUGUUAUUCCUGCGAGAGCUGGUCUACUCUUGAUUCAAUCUUGAAUAAAACUAAAGGGGCUUGCCAAAAAUGUAAAACAAAGUUAUUAAGGCCAAAAUAA